AUGCCUCAUAGUCGGACUAGGAACCCGAGCCCCAUACCCGAAGUGACAUGGGACUCAGGACUGAAAGAAAUGAACGAGACCUGGAAGGGAGCGGUAGCAUGUCUUGGUGUGGCUAUCUUCUUCGUUAUGACUAUUGGGAUAAUUUAUUGGCAAGUAGUCGAUCAACCCAACAAGAACUGGAUCCUCAAAGGGAGCUUCAGCGGGCUGAUCUGGGAUAAGAGGACCCAUUCCCUUAUCAUACAGACACUGACAGAGAACAAGACCUUCGUGGAAAUCGACGUGGGGAACUUCCCUGCCUUGGAGGUGCCGUUUGUGAAGAACCUAUGCUGGCUCAACAACACCGAGUUCUGUUACACAUGGGACUCCAUCGCAGACCUAAAGAUCUCCUUAGAAUCCGAAUACUCUCCUGGAACAGAAUGCUACAGCAUCCACUGGACACCUCUGCAUUGCCAAGUGGAUCUUAAGGAUUGCUUUUCAAUGGAUAAUAUUUCCUGGUAUGGAGGAGCAGGCGUACGUGCACAGAACUGGCCUAUAAACAAUGUGAAUAUUGCCUUGCAACCUUUUGUUGUGAGCAACCUGAGAAACAACCCAACAGGCUUCGGAUCAGUCUUAGAAAGAUACUUUUUGGGAUCAUCAGGUGUGGCUUUGUUCAUAGCUCAGGAUAUCCCAGUGCACAUUUCCAUUGACAGUGGGAAGCACUUCUGCUUGCAGACGCCCCUCAGCACUGAACUGGUGCCACUGCAGUACAUGGUGUGUGUUGGUAACAACAUGAAAACUCUUCACCAAGAGGUCGGGAGCCAGCUCUCUGAGCUCCCAAGAGAGCUGCCAAACACACACAUUUUACGGUUACCUUUCUGGAAGCUGUUGGCAAACGCAGAUUCUGGUGCAAAGGUGGAACGAGAGUUAAGAACAUUCUUCAACCGAUUGAAAAGAUACCAACUGGGGGAAGGUGUUAUUAGUAUCAGUGAACAUUCCACAACAAUACUUUCUGACAUGGACCAUGAAUCUUUCAACGGCAGGAAAAAAAGUACUUUGAGACACACCAGGGACCUCCCACAUGUUAAACUUCUAAACAUUUCCAUUACUUUAUCUCCAUACACAAGCAUUGAUACAAGGCAAUUCCAAGCCUCACUGCAAGAGGGACGAGAAGACUACUGGCUCAGCCUUCCCUCCAAAACAGAUGGGUAUCUGGCUCCACUGCUCACUAAAUGGAAAGGAAAGUUUUCUGUGAAGUUGAACAUAACGAAUCAUGAUGCAGUGAACUGGUUUGUGGACAAGGUGAGCAGCUUGCAGGCGAAGCUAGGGGUGGAGUACAUCACCUUGGAAGGUGGGGAGGGAAACCCCUUCACAGAACAGGCCCUGGAGCCUCCCAAGACCCUGUCCAGGGAUGAGUACAUUGGCCUGUUUGCUGAGAUUGCUGCCAAGAUAGGGAACUCAUCAAUAAUAACAGCUGGGACAAGAUCAAACCACUUACCGCUGUUUGUUCGAAUGUCUCCCCUACAGUCAGACUGGAGCUACUCAGGCAUAAAGGGCAUUAUUCCUUCCAUUCUUCACUACAGUCUUCUGGGAUAUAAUUUCUUCAUACCUGAUGCAGUAGGAGGUUCUCUGUCAAGUGAAUUUGUAACUGAUGAGGAGCUGUUUAUCCGCUGGCUGCAGAUUGUGACCUUUCUCCCUGUCAUUUCCUUCCGGACACCACCCUGGGUCUGUGGGGAUCAGGUCCUGAACCUCACGAGAUCAUAUAUACUCAAACACCAGGACUCUGUCGUUCCGCUCAUAAUAAAGUAUGCAGAAGAGUGGGCCUUACAAGGCAGGCCAGUCUUUCGACCUGUCUGGUGGAUCAGUCCAGAUGACCCCAUCACCUAUACCAUUGAUGACGAGUUUCUUAUUGGAGACGAGAUGCUUGUCGCCCCAGUGACAGAGCGUGGGGAAGUGCAGCGGGAUAUCUACCUGCCAGGCAGUGAAUACCAGUGGAUGGACACAAGCAAUGGCAAGGUCUUUGACGGCGGGACUUUGUUGGAAAAUUACUCAGUCCCCCUUGAAGAAGUGGCUGUUUUCCAACGAAGGCGUUCAUGAGGCCUGUUUUCCACACUCGCUUUCUGAGUUGCACUUGCUUCAAAGACCACAGCUGUAGUGCCGCAAGACAGUACCCUGAGACAUGACGCUUUUUGUAUAUGCACUUUACGUGAAAUGAUUUCUAGAUUCAAGAUUUUCUUCUUGGUUUUUAUUUUGCCACAGCAUCGGUUUUGCAUUUACAGUACUGAUUGAACUGUGCAUUUACAUUUAACGUUUACUGAAAUUGGCUUUCCAUUCGACAGAGCACCAAAAGGCCAAUAGGAAAGAAAAUGUGAAGGAUGUUUUCUGUUGUGUAUGAGCCAGGAUACUGCAUAUUGUAUGAACAAUAAUAGACAAAUCCUUUGAAAGGUGAGCAGAGAGACCCAGUGAAAAACACCACUAUCAAAUGAAUUGCCCUGAUUUAAAACAGAUUAUACUUAAAGAAGUAAUAUCUUUUCUUGCCUAUUAUUUGCUGUCAACAUUAUUGAUGGCCACCCUAUCGUUAUCUGGAUGAUCUUUUAAAUUCAGGAUAUGGCUGCUGGAAAAGGAAAUAUCUGAGCUUCUAGUAUUUUUGGAAACUUCAUGGGCUGCUGCAAUCAUUUCCUUAUUAUAUGAAAAAGUCAUCCCAAAAUCAUUUGUAAUCAAACAAUUAUGACGGGGGUCAAAUGGGUUGUUUAUGUGUGAAAUAACUGCAGAACUCCAUGAGUGUUGAUGGAGUAUUCUGUUUUUAUAACAAGUACAAUGUGUGGAAGAGAAAACAUGCUUAAACCCCAAGCAUCUGUUUAGCAAAGCAAUGUAAUCUGAAACACUGGGAUUCACUUGGUGAUUCUGUCAUUGGAUUUGAAUGUGUGCACAACUGUUGAAUCAGCAGCACCAAAUAUAAUAAAAGGCAUUAAACACUAGAUCUCUCAACAUUGGUAUUAAACCUGAGAGAAUCUUUAUACACACCUAAAGCAGACCUUAACGUUUUGUGAAUAGGGCCCUGGAUGUGAAAAACGUGAUUCCAAAAUAUUAUUGGCCAUUCAAAAAAAGUACUGUACAUGGAAACUAAAAACAAUUUCUGGGAUUUACUAGGUUGCUGCAUGGACUAGAUAGUGUACCUUGAAUACUUUUUGAAAAGGGUUUGGUCCUGUCUGCUUUUAGCAAGUCUGGCUGAACAUUAUCCAUGGUCUAACUAUCUUUAUGCAACGGGUUCUACACCUGUCAUUUUAACUACUUGCUACUUAAAACUUUUGGUAUCUCCAGAUGCUUGUACUUCUGGCUUCUUGAAAUUGCUUGAAAUCCAUGUGAUAUUUGCCCUCAAAUUGGAGCUGUAAAAUGUACAACUGCACUGCAGUGACUUGAUCCACCUGUAUUUCCUCUGGGACCAGGUAUUUGAUUUCUUAUUCUUCUUACACUUUAUUUUCCAAGAACCUCUGAGGUCUGAUAGUUUAACUAUGUCUUAGUGUGGUUUGGUACUUUCUGCUCAUUUUAAUGUCUUAACUUUUUACAGUUUACAUUUUUAUGAAAUUGUUGUCGAUAGGUGUCCUUGUUAAUGAGAUGCAGGUGGCCACAUUUGAGCACCAUUAUGGGUUCUUUACCCAAAGGGAGAGAGGCAGACACAGAAGCUCUUUUAAAGGCUAUUGAAUAAUGCAAGCACUGCCAGCCACAAGCAAUAAUUUACAUACUAAUUUACAUGCUAAUUUACAUGCUAAUUUACAUACCGCUGCCAGUCCUGAGACGACACCUCGCACAGCCUCCAGCAGUGCGCAGUCAGCCGUGCUCGUUAAAGUAUUUUUAAAACUGAACAAUGUAUUUUAAAACUAAACAGCCUUUUGUUUAAUUAAUGCUAAUGCCAGUAUUCUUAAAAUAAAUAUGACUCCUUCUCAGCACUGAUUGAUUCACUCAGCAAAACGUGUGCCUGUUGUACCCCCACUGUCAGGCAACCAUAUUACAUCCCUCGUAAAAGCAAAUAGCCCUUCAGAAACUCCAACAGAAAUUAUACCCCUCUGCUCCUUGCUUGUUUAGUUUUUCACUUUAACAUUAUGUACAUUAUAUAUUUCCCAAAUAAAAUACUUGCAGUAAUUAUUUGCUGUACUGUGAGUUACAUGGUCUAAUUACAGCUAGGCCAUUGGAGCAAGCAAUCUGAAGCACAGGAAAUGAUUAGGGAACCAGGAUGCAGCAACAAGUCUUAUCCAGUAUGCCUGCAUGUCUUAUAUUAAAAUAACUAGACUAGCAAACAGCCCAGGUAUCCUCAUUAGAAAAGAGGGUUCAGUUAAAAUGUUGCCAGUGUAAAUGAGAGGUAAGCAAAUAGAUGUUUAAACCGUUGGUUGUCGCUCCUUUAAACUAUGCUUAUUACUUAUUGGAGUAAACUCAGGCCAGUUUCUUGACACAGGGGCAUGUGUUAAAGGCCUUGUGUGUCUGGAGUUGUGUUAUAAUAAAAAUAAGCCAGACACUUCCAGACUUUUUUGUUUUAAACUGUGAUCCCUUUUGUGCCUUAACAGUUUUAAAAGAUAUUC